GCGGCGGCGCGGCCGGACGCGCUGGGCGACGAGGACGAGGAGGAGGCGCUGCCGCACUCGGAGGCGGUGGACGUGUUCCAGGAGGGGCUCGCCAUGGUGGUGCAGGACCCGCUGCUCUGCGACCUCCCGAUCCAGGUCACCUUGGAAGAGGUCAGUUCCCAGAUAGCGCUGGAAUACGGCCAAGCCAUGACUGUGCGGGUGUGCAAGGUGGACGGAGAAGUCAUGCCGGUGGUCGUGGUCCAGAAUGCCACGGUCCUGGACCUGAAGAAGGCCAUCCAGAGGCACGUGCAGCUCAAGCAGGAGCGUGAGGGAGGCGUCCAGCACAUCAGCUGGUCCUACGUGUGGAGGACAUAUCACCUGACCUCUGCCGGGGAGAAGCUCACAGACGACAGAAAGCGACUCCGAGACUAUGGUAUCCGGAACCGGGACGAGGUGUCCUUCGUCAAGAAACUGCGGCAGAAAUGAGGUUCCAGACGCAGGCAGCUGAGUGCCAGUGACCAGGCUCUGCCCCAGCAGAAAAGAAAUCCAGGUCACUGUUCACUUUCUACCCAAGCGUGUUAAGGUGGCCUCACCCAGGCGUACCCAUCUGGAACUGUCGGGGUGAACCCUAGGCCUUGGGACGAGACCACACGACACUACCCCCCCCCCUCCCCGCCCACACCCUGACUGCGUGGCUCAUCCCACAGUGCCGGGACCUGACCUAAGCCCAGAAUAAAGCUGCUGGCCUUCCAGUUGGGAGACUCAAGGAGCCAUGGCACCCUAGGCAGGGGACCAGCAUGGCCUCUUGGGAGCCAGGUGUGGGGGCAGCACAGGCCCUGAUGUCCAGGCCGUGAGCCCCGUGGCCACACUCACCAC